AUGGCUUCGCUCAGGAACACCAUUGACAGUGUCGAACCCGCUGUCCACCUCCUUUCCGAGACGCUCACCGCGCACGAGAGCCGCCCCAUGGGUGGGUGGUCCUGUACGUCAAUGGUGUCACCGACACCCUCACGUGUCUGCGAGGGCUGGUACAGCAUGGUUACCGGGGAGGAACUCGCGAAAUGCGGGUUGAGUGAUGCCCAGAAUGGGCUCAUCUUACAACUCAUACUCGCGUUCCGCGCGUUCAGUCAAGGCCAUCGCGAAGUCGCGUUCGUCAACUUCCAAGACUUUAUCAAGGUUUUUACAUUGCACGUUCGGGCUCUCGCACCUCAUGAGCCCGCCGACGAGGCUCUCCUCUCAAUGAGCUACUAUAUGCUCGAGGUUAUGCCAGACGCUCUAAAGGUGAUCUUCCCUGAUGAGCAUGCCCUCAUGGAAGCCCUUGGGCUCGUCGAUAUUCAUCGAUCCACUCAGUCAGAGCUCGCCGCCCCCGCGUCCACCGCCCCCACGUUCGCCGCCCCCGUGUCGACCACCCGCGUCGCAGCCGUCGACCACGUUCAACUCACCGAUCCUAUGCCCAGCAUCCUCUUCUCAUCCAUCGGUGGUGUCCUCUCCUUCUCAUGUCUGGAUGACGAAGCCCUUGAGUGGAUCUCCAUCUCCUCCACACCCACAUCACCUCGUUACUCCCCGAGGUCGCCUCACUAUUCGCCCAUCUCGCCACACUACUCCGAAUUUGGCUCGGACGACAACGUCCAACCCCUCGUUGCCACUGCUUCCCCUUACCAGCAGUCUUACGCGCCACCCGACGACUCGGUCUCAGACGCAUACCUCUGGUCAUCCGCUGUGCCAGCCGCCUCGGAUCCACCCUCGUCACCCCACGAUCUCACGGCCCUCACAGCGCUGUACAACCUCCCCACUGAGACCGCUGCCUCCGCGCAAGGCUGCUCAUAUGGGGCAAUCAUGGUCUCCGCAAUGCGGCGUCUCGUUCCUCCUGCACGAUGGUCGGCAAUGCUUGACGAGAUUGCGGAUCACCACCGCUCUCUCAUCAUUGCCGAACUUCUUGACAGCGCACCUCCGCCCUCCUUAAGCCCGACCACACAUGCUCUUAUAAUAGAGCAGCUAUUCGCGGGUGCGCCAUCAAGCAUGGGUGGCGUGAGCAGCCGCGCUGAUAUGGGUGCGGGUGGGGACUACACGGCGGGCGACCAUGUGUGGGAGGGUACGGCGAGCGAUGUUGGCAGGGGCCCAGGUGUGGGUACGGACACUGGCUCGCGCAUGGACACUAGCUCGCGCAUGGACUCUGGCUCGGGCUUGACUGGUGUGGGCGCGCACGCGCACGUCGCUCCGAGUGAGCAGGUGCGCGCGUGCACGGCCACUGGAUCGGGUGCACACGCGCGCGCACCCAAGCGCAAGGCGAAGGAGACGAGGAAGGGGAAGGGUAAAGUGGUACAUAGACAUGUUGUAGUGAUAGUAAAAAUGCACAUCGUCCCCUCUCGGAUGACAGCCGAGAGCGAUGGGGACACUUCAACAUUGUCCUCGGGUACCACUGGGACCUUUGGCCGCAUCCCUCGCAACAAUCGUCUUCAACAAGGUCGCGCACCGGCCACGGAAGAUUCCCCUGUAGGGCUCGCAAAUUUGCCCUUCAACGGUGACAAUCGCGCGACGGCGAAUGUCCAUCCCCGCGUCACAACUCCCACACCUGUUCAAGUUACUGUCAACGUGCACGCUGGUGGAGUCGUAAACAUUUACUCCGCGCCUGCAGAGAACCCGCAGAUGCAUGUUCCGUCCGCGAUCCUGACGUCUACGGCUGCACCCAUCAUCCCUGCCCCUGAUCCCGUUGCCCACAUUGCGCCCGCUGCUCCCGCUGCUCCCGUCGCACCUACCACCCCCGUCACCCCCAUCGUCACUCGGGUGCCUUCGCAGACCGGAUAUGGCAUGCAGAACGUCGCCGCUAGACCCGCUUCUAUGCCGGCGUCCCCCUGGCAGCCCAUACGUCGCCUCCGCCGGUCGGGUCCCUCAAUGAGCCGCGCUGCGUCCUCGCUCGGGAUAUCCGCCGCCGCGCUAGCCCCUCCGAACACCCCGCACCCCAGCUUGCCGCCGUCACCGGUCAUGAGUAGAGCUGCGUCGGUCUCGCCCUUUAUCGCUGCCCCCGCGCCGCUUCUGGCCCGCGCCGCCACGUUUCAAGCUCCGCAAGGCUGCACCUAUCCAACGACCGGAAUUAACAGCUCAAACGAGUACAUCGCCGGCCCCGAUGACCAUCACAGCGGCAGGUGGCACGUCGUGACUGCAGGGACCUGCGUCGGUAUCUGGAAGUCGUAUCCGGAGAUACUUCCCUAUGUCACCGGAGUCUCGUAUAACUGCCAUAGGUCCUUCUUCUCGCGCGACCAAGCUGUGCACCACUAUCUCACCCAUCGGGUCUCUGGAAGGGUCGCUAUUUUGCCACCGCGUCGGUACUAG